UCUGAUUUUUGAACUACGGAUCCACCGCCAGUUGAAAGUGUCCCAGGAAGCAAGGAAAUUUCCCUUAAAGCGACUAAGGAUGAGCUUAAUAGAUAACAUAGUAGCUCAAAAGCAUUUAUUUUACAUUAAUUGCUAUUUUAGAAAAUACUACUGAAAGAUCGAUGGGUUCCAUUUCUAGCCCGACCAAAGCGUGCUUUAGCAGCUAAAAUAGGCUCUAUGACUAUAAAUUAAGGCAUUUGCGAAUACUAAAAGUUGACUAUAAGCUAUUUGAACCUUCCUAUUCCUCAAAAAUCAACUUAUAGCAAUAUCUUCUCCUAUUACCUAAAGAUCUGACCCAACCAAUGACUAGCUCGAGGACAGACCUCCCUCUGCUUACCCUCUAUUCUCUUAUAAGCUUUUUAACAAUCCCCAGCCUUGCUCUUGCAAACCCACUUUCUGUUCUUUGCCAUUUCUAAAGGCACUACAAAAUUUCCUUCAGAAUGUCCAUUUCGAAAUAUGUGUGACAUUCUCGAUUAAAUCUGACCUUGAUAUCUUCCAAAUUAAAUAAACUCUGUAGUGAUCUUCUCUAGAAAGUGGCCAAAUCUUCUAUUAUAGAUUAGCCAGUGGCUCGUGUAGCUGGAUCAGUUUUGCUAGAUUAUGAUGACUUUGGAAUCUAAGAUACUUGCACUUGGUGUUUGAAUUGUGGAGCUUUAGGUUCGUGGUAGGGUCAUCUCCAGGGCUGUGAGAUUUGGGGAGUGUUUUGUUUGGGAGUUGAGAGUGAGAUGGCUUGUGAGAGUCGAUUUUAGUUUGUGGUUUAUGAGUGAGAAAAUUUAUGCCAGGAUCAACCAAAAAGGGACACUUUCAAUACCCUCUUUUCUUAUUUUAUCCUAGUAUUUACUAGAUUAUGCCUACUAACAUUGACCCUAGACAUAAUAUGAGCAAAGAUAAUCAAAAUUUUCAAAAACAGCCAAAUCCUAAAAGAUCACAACAAACCCCAGCUCCAGAGGACUCACUUGCUAAACGCAGAUCUCGAAGAACUGUAAAAUCAAGCUCUAAACUGAACCCAUUCGUGUAUGAAAUCUACCCUAACAAAGGAUCACAAUCUUUUCGCAACAACUACAGUCCAGAAUACCAGGAACUUCUCCUACAUGAAAUAAUGAUGACCAGAAAAACUGGACGUAAUCAGAAGAAUGCCAACGACCCAGACUGGAGUCACCAACAUCUUAAGAAGGCAUCUUCUCAUCACAUGGGAGAUGCUGGAAUGGGAAUGAUGGCAAAAGAUCCAGAUUUAGAAGCAAUGCAGAAAUUAAUAUAAAGCAAGAAAUCGAAGACAAGAAAGAAGAAAUUAAAGAAGAGGUUUCUCAAGAAGAAGAUAGUGACACUUCCAGCAUCCAGGACGAAGACAGAUCAUCUGGUGGCGAAUCCCAUCCUCAAAAAGAAAGUCAAAAGAAACAUAUUAAUUGGAAUUUCAGUUCCAGAAAGAGAAAAAGAUCUAGAAGAGCCUCCAACGAAAUAUCCAAAAAUAAGCCAGAUAGAAGAAGCAAGAAUAUUGACAAUAAGCCGUCAGAAGAUAAAACUGAGAAUAAGCUUAAGAAGUCUCAGAAUAAACCUCAACCAGUUAGAGAAGGCCUCAGAAGAUCUACAAGAUUACAUAAACCAAUUCCUGAGAGACCUCAAGUGUCUCAAAUCAGAGAGAAGAGAUCUAAAUUUAAUGCUGAUAAUCCAAUAAUAAGGCAAGGAGCAGGCCUUCAUAAUUCCAGAAUUUCUCAACCCAAUAUUAUUGAGCCUUUCUAUCCUCCAAACAGUCAAAUGCCUCAUUCCUUCCCUCCUCUCAACUAUGUUGUGGAAAACCAAAGAGCUGAAUAUGCUAGAAGUGAAAAUGAAAAUCAGCCUGAAAAUUCACAAAACUCUUACCCCCAAUUCUGGAGAUACCCAGACGGCCAAGAAAUAAUGCUGUCAAAUGUAGAAUUACAGACAAAUAAAAAUCAAAUCAACUCAGAUAAAGAACCUCCUCAAAGAGUAAAAUAAUGUGCCAAGAGUGCCAAAUCCCCUUGCUUCCCCUCAAAAGAAUAUGGAACAUCCAAAUCUAAGGAUAAACCACAAUACCCAAUCUGGAAAUGGUCCCUGCAGUUUAAACAAAUUUCUUCCAGAAUACGAUCUUAACAGAAGUCUUGACGAAAGUUGUUCAGAAAGUUCAGAAGAGCCUAAUGAAACACAGAGAUAUAACGGCCCUGACCUAAAAACUUUCGCAAAUGCCAUUCUCAAAUCAGAAUUACUCUGCUUCUUCCCACAGUCUAGACCCAAAAUGGGUAGCAGCUUAGAGUCAGCAGACACCGAUGGAAGAGAAGAAACGUACCAAUGCUUGAAUCUAUUAAAAAUAAAACCCUUUUAAAGUAUUCCUCUCCAUCUACUUCUCAAGCCUGUUAGCUUUUUC